GGCCGUUGGGUCAUAUCGUCGUCAGCAAGCCACCGCCCGCACCGCCACCUCCACCUCCACCUCCACGCCAAAACAAUGGCGACCUCGGGCUUCGCCUACUCGUCGCCCCCCAAGCGCCAGCGAGUAGCGGCCGAGGCGCCGCCUCCGCCGCCGCCGCCGGCGACGACGGGGACGCGCACGGACAUGCUGAUGGCGCUCCCGUCGGACAUCCUCAACGACCGCAUCCUCGUGCUGCUCCCCUUCGACAAGCUGGUCCGCACCUCCUGCCUCUCCCGCGCGUGGCGCCGCCGGUGGGAGUCCGUCGCCAACCUCCGCAUCGAGUUCCCCGCCUCGGUCUCCUCCUCCCGCGCCCUGUGGCGGUGCGCGGCGCCCAUCCGCGGCUUCCGCGCCCGCGUCGCCACGCGCAACGUCUACCGCGCCGCCCGCCCGCCAUGGCGCGGAAGGGCGUCCAGGAUCUCAGCCUGAAGUUCUCGUUUGACGAUCUGCCGCACCUUCCCGGACCCGCCCUCUUCUCCUGCGCCGAACUCGUCAGCCUCCGCCUCGAGAAAUGCGACAUGCCGCCGGGCUUUCCGGGCUUCCCCAACCUCGAGCGCCUCUACCUCGUGGGUGUCACCCUCCCGUACGCCCGUGCCGGCACGCAGCUCGAACACCUCAUCCUCGCGUCAGAGAACCUCGCCGUGCUCGAGUUGUCAAACCUGGGUACCAUGGAUGGCGCGGUCGUGGUGGACCCGUGGGCCAUCAGAGCGCCCAACCUCCGGGAGCUCAGUGUCACCAUGCCGAUGGGUGUCGACUUCGGCUGCCGAAUCACAGAGGCGCUCCCCAAGCUCGAGGAUGCGUACAUCUCAUUCGAUUGCGUCUUCGGAACCCAAGAAUUCCUUGACGCUUUCCAAAAUAUUUCUACUGUCAAUAAGCUCUGUUUCAUGGUCGCUGAGUUCAGCAUUAAUAUGCUGGAGGGAAUUACAUGCAAGUUUGAGAAUCUGAGGGAAGCCAGCCUGAACAUAGAUUUUGGCCAACUCUCAAGUGUUCUAUCAAUAGAUUCUUUACUGAAGUUUGCUCCGCAUAUUGAGCACCUUGAAAUUCAGACUCUUGAUACAGAAUUGGAUAAAGAAAAGAUUGAUGAAGACUCCCUAAAUUCAGAGAUAAGCAGUGACUUGUUUGCAAGCCUCAAACAUGUGUCCCUGACUGGUGCCAAGCACCGCGAAAAUCAAAUGUGCUUUAUGAAGUUUUUACUGUCCAAAGCAGGCUCUCUUCAAACAUUUGCUGUCACUUUUAUGUUUGAUGAUGAUGGAAAGAGCGAAUGGUUUGAAAAUAAAUGCAAAGAGUUAAUCGAGUGCCAAAAGGCUUCACCCCAACUUUUGUUGACAGCAAAAGUGACACAAGACGGAUCGUAAGUUAGACAUCCUGUCCUUUUUGAUGCUGCCUUCGCAUUAUGGAAGAAAUACUUCGGAACUUGCUACUGUUUAGAUUCUAGAUGAGGCUGUUCUUGUGCAACCAGCUGCUUGUUUUCCUUCUUGAGGAAUUACAGAGUGUUGUACCUCUUGUCCUUGCCAUGUCCACCUUUCUGUUAUGGAAGCAUAGCUUUUGAACUUUGAUCUGUUACAUUCUAGAUGUGGCUGUUGUACAUACAGCUGCUACUUUUCCUUCUGUUGGCAGAAUGCAUAGAAUUUCACUGUAUCA